UACUUCAUGUUGCCUUUCUCCUAUUGGCUAACCAUCCUGUUAUAUACUACCCACCAACUCUUGCUCCCUAGUUAACCCUGGCUGCCCCUUUUCAUCAUCAAAUUGCAAUACCCAAAUUAAUUUUUUUUAAAAAAAGAAGAAGAUGAUUCAAGCGUUAAAUCUACCCUAUUCAUCAAAAACGGAUGAGAUAAUGUCAAGGUAUAGGCCAAUAGCACCAAAACCAGAGAUUCCUGGUGAUUCAACCAACAAUAAUGGAAAUGGUAACAGUAACAACGCUUAUGAUGGUCCAUCGGUUCCUGAGAAGUUCCGGCAAUCGCCUUAUUUAAGAAACAUGUGGUCUCAUCUCCAAGCCCGUCCGACUCGCACUCGUAAGCGGGGUCGAAACUCGGCGCUUUCUCCGGCUGCAGCGGCAGCCUUGCUGAGGAAGCAACAACAACAAUUGUUAGUGCAACCGCAUUUGGGUAGGAGAGAACCGACUACUUUUAUGGGCUUAUGCUCUCCUACUCAUUUUCCAUCUUCUGCUCACAACUUGUCUGUCCAAACAUUUGGACUUUACACUGAUAACAAUAAUAAUAAUAAUAAUAAUAAUAAUAAUAAUAAUAAUAAUAAUAAUAGUAAUAACGAUAAUGUGGUUGAGCUUCCUCUUUUGUCAUCAUGUCCAUUGUCGAAGGCAAUUGAUUUGAACACAGCUGCAUUGGAGAUUAAUUCUCUUGAGGAAAGAGAUUUACAGCUGCAGUUACAAGUGCAGAGUACGGGAAGCAAUAAAACUUGUGUGAUAUCGCCGCGGCCAGUGAGGCCAGUAGGGUCCACCAUUAGUAUAGUAGGGGCCAUCACUGACGAUCCGGAAGCUCGAGUAAUCGUAAAAGCACCUCAACAAGUAGAGGCAACAGCGGAAGAAGAGGCAAUGCCAGCUGUAUUAUCCGAUCGAAACAACAAGGUCAGGAUGGUCAACUCGGCUUAUAAGGAGCUCGUUGGACAGCCAGAAUGCCCCUGGCUCGAUUCAAUGUGUUCAGGUACAAGGAUCAGCGGUGAAGUCAUGCUACAAUUAUCGGAUUCCGGGUUGCCCGUAUCGAGUAAUGGAUUUUCUUGUUGGGUCAGGAUUCAAUGGGAGACUAAUGGGAAAAAGAAUACGGUGAAUGCGUUUUGUCACGUUGUCAAAAUGCUAUGUUUGUCUAAGGAUUAUGUUUAUUAUUGGAGGUUCAACACUACAGAGUAGAGGCCUCUAAAGUUUCAUCACUUUUUUAUUAAUUCUUAGUAAUGUAUAUUCAACUACUCAAAUUAUGGGGGAAAAAAAACAACCAUAAAUAUAUGUACGGAGUAUCUUAUAAGUAAGUAGUACCGUAGUAUAGCAUAGACUAUAGACUAGCUACUUGAAUUAUUACUGUAAACAAGGCUACUUAAUUUAAUUACCUUCUUCAGUUAUAAUUUAUUAGAUUUUGGUUUUAUUUC